AGGCGAUUCCUCCAGCGGUCCAGCCAACUAGCCAAGUGCCCCCAAUUCACACCGCAUCCUGCCAUCCUCGUCUCCUCUCCUACCCUCCAUUAACCCUAGCGACAGCCGCGCCCUCUCUUGAUCCCCGCGGGGAGCUCCAGAUCUGCAGGCCGGCUGCCCGGCGUCCGGAUCGGCAAGCGAAGAUGACGGAGGCCUGGGUGCGGAACAAGCCGGGGAUGGCCAGCGUCAAGGAGAUGCCGCUGGUGCAGGACGGCCCGCCGCCGGGCGGGUUCGCGCCCGUGCGCUACGCGCGCCGGAUCCCCACAUCGGGGCCCAGCGCCACCGCCAUCUUCCUCACCGCCUUCGGCGCCUUCGCGUACGGCAUGUACCAGGUCGGCCAGGGGAACAAGGUCCGCCGUGCGCUCAAAGAAGAGAAGAUUGCUGCCCGUAGUGCUAUACUGCCGAUGCUCCAAGCUGAAGAGGAUGAAAGAUUUGUCAAAGAGUGGAAGAAGUAUCUUGAGGAGGAGGCCAGGAUCAUGAAAGAUGUUCCAGGAUGGAAGGUUGGCGAGAGCGUGUACAACUCUGGGAAAUGGAUGCCUCCGGCUACUGGUGAACUCCGCCCUGAGGUUUGGUAAGGGCUUGCUGCCGGCUCUGAUAAUUUCAUCAUGUCAUGAGGACAUGAAUAUAAGGCUUCUAAACCUGGGUACCUUCAUUUUCUCCUUUACCAAGGAGUGACUCCUUAAACACCUCUGUGUUUGUCGUGGUGUAUGAAAAUUGACUGGUUAAUAAUUGGACAUAUCAAGCCGCCUUCCUUGUCUUCCGAAUUUUGAACUGUGCUUGCACGUUGAUGUCGAUGUAACGUCAUUUCAUUAUUUUCUCA